AUUCAUGUAAGUAACAACUGUCAAGCAAAUCCGGCGAACCGUUUUGUCUCAUGAGUUGGUUUAGCACUGUUAGGUAUGUUUGUACCUUAGUAUCGUGGUAUUGACGGCGACAGUGUAAUCCAACUCAUCAAUAUUUUUUUUUCCCCUUAACUACCUAGGUAUCAAUCAACCUUAGGUAGUAAGUAGAGUCACACGGAGUUAGUUCCACACUCUUCUCUUUUUUAUUAUUACAUAGGUAUUAUUUACUAUUAUAUUAUUCAGCCUUGCGCAGCGGACUAGGUACCUACAUGCGCCGUACAGCCUCCACUUAAAAAGCCCCCUCCCUUGUACCUUCCAAGGUUUGUUGAAUAAACUCCAAGGAAAUCGGAGAGAGGAUAGAACGAUCUGGGGCUGUUAUCUUUAUUUUCAUCCCUCUUUCCUUCCAACCUUGCGUCCGCCCUUACUCAUUUCCAUCGUCUCUUCCAAAGUUCUUUUUUCUUUUUCUUUUUUCGUCUUUUACAAGGUUCUCCCUCCGUCCGACCGAUUUUCUUCACAUUCAUCUACCUCACCGUGGUUCUUGUAUAGACAUUCCCCCACAAGCGAAUCCAUUACAUACUCGAUACGCCGUACCAUACCAUACCAUACUGUAUCUUCACUACGCCGAUAGCCUCAGUCGCUGUUUAAGACAUUUCCGACCACUCCUCUACAUUCACGUAUCGUAAUUUCGCCAACCAUGGCUUCAAGUAGAGCGCGUCGCGUGGCAAAGGAGCUAGCCGACAUAGAAGCCGACUCUAGGUCCUCUGGUAUCACCGCUCAGCCUGCUGGAAACACCGGCGACCUCACACACCUGAAGGCAUGCAUACCCGGUCCCCCAGGUACCCCGUACGAGCGUGGUCAAUUCAUUGUCGACGUCAAGAUCCCCAACGAGUAUCCUUUUCGGCCUCCUACUAUGAAGUUUGACACCAAAGUAUGGCAUCCCAACAUCAGCAGUCAGACGGGAGCUAUCUGCCUCGACACUCUCAGCUCUGCUUGGUCUCCCGUCCUCACAAUCAAGUCAACCCUUUUGUCCCUCCAAGGUCUCUUCGAAAGUCCCGAGCCUAAGGAUCCCCAAGACGCCGAAGUAGCCAAGAUGAUGAUUAACGAUCGGGAGGCUUUUAACAAGAAGGCACACGAGUGGGCUGUACUUCACGCCAAUGCCCCUCGAAAUCCUAACUUUCAAUCCGUUCACCCCCGGACUCCCGUCGCUCCCCAACAAGUUGACGAUAGCAGAUACCAGGGGUACAACAAGGAUCUUAUUAACAGAUUCGUCAACAUGGGUUUUGACAUUGACCGAGUUGUUGAGGCCUUCCAGUUCUUCGGCAUUGAUCGACUCGACGGUCAGGAUUACGAGCUAGAGGAGGCAUAUAUGGGUGAUAUCACUGCUCGAUUGUUGGGAGAGCCCUAGCUUGCGUAAUAGGCAAGAUUCCAGUACGAUACUCGCGCAUACCCGCCGAUUUCAACCCGUCAUUCUCAGAAACCAACUUCACGAUUCUAUUCGCAUACCCCGUAACGUCAGUAGACUUGCGGGAUUCUUAAGCAUUGGCCAUAACAUAUAGCCACGGCCUGUUGCAUUUGGUAGUUCAGAAACGUCUUCACAGACUCGCAUUAGGAGUUAGGCGUCAGAGGGUGGGUUCUCAGUUAGGACAUGUUAUUACCCUGCAUUAAUUCAUACGCAUUUUCAAUCAUG